UUUUUUUUUACUUUCGUCUUUGUUUUUAAUGUAAACAUUUAUUACUACCAUAUUAUAUUCUUUUUUUUUUAUUGAUUCUAUUUGGAAAUUUUAAACCUGUCUCUUUUCCAGGUGAUACUUCUGUUCUUCUACCUUUCUACCACCAUGAAAUCUCAUUGAUGGAAACUCAAGUCAUUGACUACACUCUCCUCCUUGCUUUAUCUGUCCUGUCACGUCUACUGUGUAAACCCUCUGUCUCUGCAUUUCGAAAAAAUAUCGCGUCAUACAACAACAUGGUAGUUCACCCCAUAUUAAUGUUGAUCUCUACUUGGUUACGGUACUUUGGUUCCUUUUGUCUUCCUCUUUCUCGUUGCCUUCGCGUUUUAUGGUCUCUCCUUUGUUACGUUGAUUCAUUCAUUGUACGUAACUUAUUUCCUCUCCUCCAUCGUUCCGUUGUUUCUCCUAUGUCUGCAGAUCGUCUUGUAAGAGCUGCCUCUCAACUUGUUGACAUCUCAGGUUUGGCUCUUCUAUAUUGGGUAUACUUCUUUUAUUACCAUGCUGAUAAAACACCUCUUGUAUCACAACCUUAACUCAAUUUAGAAGCCGUCCCAUUUCCAACCUGUGUCUUCUACGGGUACGAUAGAAAAGAAAAGAGCUACUUGUACUCACUGUUUAUUAUUUAGAAACCAUUGAUGACGACGAUG